AUGUCUGCAGCAGUUGGAGGCGCUCCGCCCGCGCAUGGGCAUAGUGAUUCCGUAAACGGAAGAAACCCUACGAUUCCUGCCAUACCUACUGUCAACGGCGGUGUUUCUCUUCCCGAUCACUCACGCAAGCCCUCGAUGACAGUCACACCUGCUGGCGUCACCGGCUUUGCGGCGAACGGAGGUGCUCCGGGUGGUCCCCAGAACAAGCCUGCGAUCCAGUUCGGUGCGAUGGGAAUGCAAAACCCAGCGGGGUCCCCUGCGAUGGGCACACCCCCUUCGUUGGCACAUCAAAACUCGGCAAAUCUAAGUGUCGGCCAGCUGAACCCUCGAGCCACCUCACCCUCCAAUUCUCCCUCUCCCAUCCCCCAGCCCGCUUCCGUUAGUGGAGGUCGGCCCCCUCAGGGCUUCAAUGGUCAAGGACAUGCAUAUACAUUUGGACAGACCGAUCACAAUGAUCCAAGUGCUAUGUCUCGACCCCUACCCAUCCAAUUCGGACCUCAGCAGGACCACAUGAGGCGCAACUCCUCGCAAUCCAUUCACAGUGAUGCGGGCGGUCCCGGAAUUCCCCCAGCCGGACCCAACAAUCACCGUGGAGGCUACCAAGGUGGCCGCGGCGGCCGAGGCAAUUACUACCAGCAACAGCCUGCGCCCUACUCCCCCCAGCAGCAAUUUCGGCCUCCGCCAAAUGGUCGCCCGUUCCAAAACAGCUACCAAGGAGGUCGAGGCCAAUCUCUUCCCUAUCAAGGAUCUCCCGCCAUGGGCACCCGAAGCCCCGCGCUCGUCAACGCUCAGCCAGGGACCCCGAACAUGGGAGGACAGGUACACAUGGUGCAGCCCGGGAUGCCACAGCCCAAUGGAUAUUUUAUGGGACCCCAACAUGUAAAGAACCACCCGCAGUUUCCUUCUUCUCGUGACCCUCCAAGAGAACCCACCGGAGAACUUGCAAGAGACAGGGGCAAGCCUACGAAAGGCCGAGGCCGCGGUCCCGCUCGAGGAGCUGGUCGUGGUAAAGGCCCUGGUAGAGGUGGACACGAGGACAGAUCGCCUUUCUUCAGCAGAGAUCCUGCCUCUGACCACUAUCGCCCCGAUCUUGCGAUUUCUCAACCUGCCCAAGUUGCCCCCGAACUUGCGCAGGCCCCUGUCCAAGCUCUCCACAAUGCACCUCUUCCCUACACUGACUUAUCACCUGAGUCGGGCAAUUUUGAACGUUUUCAAGAGCAAGUUCUGACUGUAAGAACGCAGGCCUAUCCCAUGACCCAAGCUGAUCCUAGCAUUCAACAAAUGUACAUGCAGCAGAUGCAAAUGUACAACCCGCAGGCGAUGCAGGGUCAGUUCAACCCACCCUACAACAUGCAGCCGCAGUCCCCCCGUCCACCAUACAAUCAGGGUAUGUAUGGAGCGCCAAGCAUGCAGCCUUCCUACAGCAAUCAAGGCGGGCCACCUCCCUCCAUGUCGAGACAAUCAUCCCAGAUAUCUGCUCCUGAUCGACCUGGAUCAAGUAUUGGCCAACAGCCGUCAACUCCCGCGCCGACUGGCCCUCCUCACACUGCCAACAGAGCUCCGAGCGUCUCCUCUCAGAAAGCCUUCACCCUCCCCCCGAAGAAAAGUGCAGCAAUUGUUAUCAAGAAUACUGCCGGCGAAGUCGUCUCUUUCAAUAAGCCGCCUGCUUCUCCAGCUACCUCCACCCCAGUGUCCGCCAUAGUUCCGCCUCAGUCCGUACCUACACCUCCCAGUCGCACCACUAGCGCUGCUGACAAUGCUCACACGCGUUCAGAGAGCGUCAACGUCAAGUCCGCCGAGGAGGUGAAGAAGUCUAUGCAAGAAGCAGUGGCCAAAAAGAUUGCGGAAGACGAAGCCAGACUGAAACUGGAGAAGGAAAUGGCCGAAAAGGCGGAAAUGGACAAAGAAGCCGCCGAACUGGCUGAACGUGAAGCAGCCGAAGCUCGUGCCAAGGCGGAACAGCUCGAGAAGGAAGCAAAGGAGGCUGCCGAAAAAGCGGAGGCCGCUAAGCAAGCUGAGGCUGCGGGUAAGGCAGAGGCAGAGGAGAAGAAGCGCAUGGAAGCUGAAUCCGAAGAUAAACCGCCCAAGGCAGACAACCAAGAUGAAAUCGAUCUUGAUGCCCUCGCCGCAGAGAUGGAGGCCGAAGAAGCCGCCAGAGAGGCCGAGGAACUCCGUCGUGAAGAAGAGUACAACAAGCGAAAGGCUGCUCAACGCGAGGCCAAGCGGAAGAAGGCACAAGAAGAGGCCGCCGCCUACGAGCAGAACAUGAGGGAAUUGGAGCGCAAGGCCGAAGAAGAAGAACUUGCUCGUGAGAAGGAGAAGGCUGAGGGAGGGUCGGGAGACGACGAUAGCAAGAAGCUCUUUGCUGAGCUCAAGCGCAAUCCGUUUGGUACUCCUGCAUCUACGGAAAGCCCCGCUGGCGCCACCCCUGCUGAGAGCGGCACUGCCACGCCUGUCUCGGAUGUGUCAAUGCCUCCUCCAGGAAAAGCACCUGGACGUCGUGCCAAGGCUGCCGAGCUGACGCUCGACACCAGGAAGCCUGUGGAGCCCCCCGAACCCAGCGCCACGCUGAAAGCACUGCAGUCUGCUAAAAAGCUCAACGACAUCUCGAAAGUCGUCUAUCCCUCAGACAUUGCGUCCCCAAACCCAGCACUCAAUGCCAAUGCUCCGGCUGAUCGCGGCUUCAAAUACAACAAAGAGUUCCUGCUUCAGUUCCAGAGCGUCUUCAAGGAGAAACCAACUCUCGAUUGGGAUGCUCGCAUCCGGGAAGCACUGGGCGAUGGAGAUGCCUCUGCCCGACCAAGCGCAUCAGCCCGAACUCCUUCUGGCAUGGGAGGUCGCAGCGCCUCCGCCCGUGGACCCGCUCCCAUGAACUUUGGGCCCAUGGGCAACUUUGGUGGCAUGAACCGUCCAACACUACCCCCCGGUACGACAUCGGAGCAGCGGUUCGCUGCUUCAAACGCUGCUUUGAGGAGCGGAGCGAUAGCCAGUAAUCCUUUCGCCCAAUUCGGUCGUCCGGGUGGCCAGAUGGCACCUCCCAUGGGGCGAACGCCCUCCAACAAUCCUCUCGGUCCUAUCCCUGGAUCUCCUCGUGUAGGUGGCGCAAGCCGUGGAGGCUCUCGCGCGGAGAGCAAACGGAAUAAACAAGGUGGCAAGGGCCAUGGAGAAGACAAUAAGGCCAUGCCUCUUACCGCUGGCAUGAACAUCGGCGCACUUGAGGUAUCAGCCACCGGUUGGAAGCCACGGAGCGUCGGUCAAACUAUGGUUUCUGGUCCUGCGCUCGGUGGUGAAGGCCUCAUGGACCCAGAAAUGGUCCAGCGCAAGACCAAGUCGCUUUUGAACAAGAUGACACCAGAGAAGUUUGACAGGAUUGCCGAUCAGAUUCUCGAGAUUUCUGGUCAAUCGAAGCACGAGACCGACGGUCGCACCCUACGUCAAGUCAUUCAACUCACCUUCGAGAAGGCCACUGAUGAAGCUCAUUGGGCAGGCAUGUAUGCCCAGUUCUGCCGACGGAUGUUGGAGAGCAUGAGCGCCGAUAUCAGAGACGAGGGUAUCAAGGACAAGAACGGCAACGUCGUGACCGGCGGCAAUCUGUUCCGAAAGUAUCUGCUCAACCGAUGUCAAGAAGAGUUCGAACGUGGCUGGAAGGUCAACUUGCCCCCUCAGCCAGAAGGUCAAUCAGAGGAAGCCGCCAUGCUAUCUGACGAGUAUUAUGUUGCCAUGGCCGCCAAGCGUCGUGGCCUGGGUCUCGUCAAAUUCAUCGGUGAACUGUUCAAGUUGCAGAUGUUGACCGAGCGUAUCAUGCACGAAUGUGUGAAGAAGCUUGUCGAUUACGAAGGUACCCCUGAUGAAGCUGAGAUCGAGAGCUUGACCAGCUUGCUGCAAACAGUCGGCAAACAGCUCGACAACCCAGAGAGCAAGGCACAAGGUCGCAUGGAUCUCUAUUUCGAACGCAUCAACCAGAUGAUUGCAAUUCCGGACCUUCCCAGCCGCCUCAGAUUCAUGCUCAUGGAUGUGGUGGAUUUGCGAGCCAAGGGCUGGGUUUCCAAGGCAGACAACAAAGGCCCGAAGACCAUUACCGAGAUCCGAGAGGAGGCUGAACGUCAAGCCCGCGAAGACGAACUCAGGCGACUCGCUGCUCAGAGUGGCCGUGGCGGCGGUGGUGGUGGCCGCAUGCCCAUGGGCCGUGGUGAUGCACGAAAUUUCAGCUACGGGCAAGUGCCUCCCCCAGACAACUCAAAUCGCGUUGGUACCGACGACCUGCGACGACUGGGUAACCGCAACGCUCGAAAUCCCAGCCACACGUCCGGCCUCGGUGGCCCUCCGAGCCUGAUGGGUGGACGUACAAACAGUGGACGUCGUGGGCUCGGACCUGGUGGGCUGCUGGGUCGUGCUGAUGACAGUGCCACGAGCAGUCGUACUGGGACACCUCCAGCUCAGAAAGAGAAGAAGGACGAAUCCAGCACAAAUGCGUUCAGUGCCCUUGCCGCUCUUGAAAAUGAUGGACCCGCCUCGCCUCCUUCUAAUCCAGCUUCUCCUCCCACGCAAAAGUCACAGCCGAGCAUCGAACGAGAACGGUCGAGAUCCCCGGACAAAAGUGCCGAGUGA